AUGGGCUUGGAGAAAUUUGAAAGGCUGCCCAAGGAGGCAGUUCCGUUGACGCGGCAUUGUGAUAUCAAGUUGGUGUUGGAUACGCCGAAAGCACUUUCCUAUCUCCCCUUUGCCGUCCUCCAUUAUUCCCCUCCCCAUCCCUUGCAACAACAUCACGAUCAACUAAUAUUUUUACAGNNCAACUGGCCCAUCACAGACCCCACAACUCAAAAACCACUAACCACCCAAGCCGUGAUCCUCGGCUUGGGCAGCAUGUUCAACCACUCCUCUCUACACCAAAACGUGGGUUGGGAAAGGGAUAUNCGACAAAAGGUUAUUGUGUACAAGACAUUAAGAGAUGUAGAACAAGGAGAAGAGUUGUGUAUUUCUUAUGGCAGUAGGUUGUGGUUCAAAGAUGCGGAUGUGGGGGAAGAGGAGGAUGAGGGAGAUGGGACGGGGGUUUUGGGCGGGAUUGAGGUGUAG